AUGGAUCUGUGCAUUUCUGGAAGCGCAGAAAGUAUAACGUCCGUAUUUCAAGUUCCUGGAAUCUUUGAUUCAAGAAGCAGUCUUUGUGACGGUUUUAACAUCACUGUGAAAGAAGCUGGUUGCUGCACAAUAUCUCAAGAGAUACUAAACCUUCCUUCAGACAAACCUGUUUUUGUAUUCGGAUAUUUUCAAAAUUAUCGAUAUUUUGAGAAAUACAAAAAUGAUAUCAAAAGGUUAUUAUCAUUUCGUGGUCAUAUCUUACUCGCUGCAAAGAAUAAACUGAAAAUGUUGUUUACAGGACGAUUUGCUGGUAGAACGGGAAGCGAUUUAUUGGAUCAUACGCUGGUGGGUGUUCACAUCAGAAGGGGCGACUACUUGGAAGAUGCCAUCAAAGCCUCUGGCUACACAGUAGCACCUAAAGAAUAUUUAUAUAGGGCAAUGAAUUACAUGCGAAUUCGUUACCAUAAAAUAUUAUUCAUUGUAUGUUCACAAGAUAUCAACUGGAGUAACGAAAUUUUCAGAAAUAAGUCGGAUGUUAUCGUCGCUCCUGUAGGAUCAGCGGCUGUCGAUAUGGCUUUAUUGACUCUUAUGAACCAUACAAUUAUUACGGUAGGAACGUACGGGUUUUGGUCUGCGUGGCUCAAUCCGCAGAAUGGAACUGUUAUAUACUAUAAAGACUUCGUUCGACCUAAUAGUAAACAUAGUCGUUCAUUUGAUAAGCCAUAUACAGAUAUAUACUAUCCUUAUUGGAUUGGUAUGUAA